CCCUACCGCUGCGACUUCCCCGGCUGUGAGAGAACGUUUAUCACAAUGAGUGCAUUAUUCUCCCAUAACCGAGCCCACUUCAGAGAGCAAGAGCAGUUCACCUGCUCGUUCCCUGGCUGUAACAAGCAGUAUGACAAAGCCUGCCGACUGAAAAUCCACAUGAGGAGUCACACAGGUGAAAGACCUUUUAUCUGCGACUUUGAAGGCUGUGGCUGGUCUUUCACCAGUAUGUCCAAGCUUCUGAGACAUAAAAGGAAACAUGAAGAUGACAGGAGAUUCAUGUGCCCAGUAGAAGGCUGUGGGAAGUCCUUCACAAGAGCAGAACACUUGAAAGGCCACAGUAUAACUCACCUUGGUACAAAACCAUUUGAGUGUCCAGUAGAAGGCUGUUGUGCAAAAUUUUCAGCAAGAAGUAGUUUGUAUAUUCACUCCAAAAAGCAUCUUCAGGAUGUGGACUCAUUAAAGACCCGGUGCCCUGUUUCCAGCUGUAAUAAACUGCUCACUUCCAAACACAGUAUGAAGACGCACAUGGUCAAACAGCAUAACUUCAGCCCAGAUCUCCUAACUCAGCUCGAAGCAACCAACUCCCUCACACCCAGCAGUGAACUCACUAGUCCAGGGCAGAGUGAUCUCGGCAACAUAGACCUUGUAUCCCUGUUCUCCAACGUGUCUGGUAACAAUUCUGGAAUUGCAACAGACAUGGCACUGGUGAACUCUGGGAUCGUCACCAUCGAUGUUGCUUCGGUGGGCUCGACACUGGGAGGAAACCUGCCCACCAGUACCAAUUCCUUAAGCCAGGCAGUCGAUCCCUUGAUCCUGGUGGCGAGCAGCGACAUGCCGCAGAGCCUGGACAGUUCUCUCCUGCUGGGAAGCGGUGCAGUUCUACAGCAGAGCACUUUAAACUUGGAUGAUGUACAGACUGUCAACGCCGAAGCCUUGGGUUCGCUGGCGUCCCUGUCGGUGAGGAACUCCAGUCAAGAUGUGCACAGCUUGACGUCCAGCAAUAAUUUAACCAUCGACACGGCCACUUUGACUCCUUCCAGCAGCCUCAGCGGUACCAACGUGCCUGAGUUACUCGCGCCAGUUAAAGCUGAGAGGAAUUUGGUUCCGUGCUCAGACGUUGUUGGUCAACAAGAGGGCAGCAAAGUAGUGACACAGUUUGUCUUCUCCAACCCUCCGGGGAGCUACAGUGCACAGAAGGAAAUGGAUCUUGGGGCAGUGACUGGCAGCUCGUUUUUGGAGAGCAGUGGGUCUGCAAGAACAGACUACAGAGCCAUUCAGCUAGCCAAGAAAAAGAAACAAAAAGGGAAUGGCAGCAGCACAGGGGCAUCUGGCUCUGGUCAGAGGAAAAACAAAGGUGGUAAAGUAAGCCCUACCAACUUUUCAUCAUCGACUCCUGGCAGUCGACUGGGUGGCAACAUAGUUCUGCCAAAUGGAGGGCUGACAAUAAGGGACCCUGCCACUGGAGCUCAGUAUGUGCAAAUUCAGCUUCUUCAGGAUGAUUCCCCAGGAGAGGGAGAUUUGCCCUUUCAGCUGAGCUCCCAGUCCUCCUCAUCACAUUCUCAGCUUACAGUGGAUUUACCUGUUCACAUACUUCAGGAACCACACAAUUCCACUGAAGAUGAUGCAGGUUCUGAUAACUCUCAGUUCACUGGAAGCACAAUAAACUUACAGGAUCUGGAAUGACCAUUAUUAAGAACAGUUACUUGAAAACAAAUUGGGCAAUCAUGACAGAGUGAGAUAACUAUAUGGGUCUUUUUCCGAGGAAAAUAUGAAAAGUAGGAGAACUGAAGUAUGGUUGCACUCUUUGUGAUUUGCUAAAGACAGUUGUAGCUGAAAGAUUUUCUUAAAAAAUGUAAAUCCCACUUGAUGUGCCUGUGUAAGAUACCCUGUCUGCCUGGUGGUCGGGGAGGCUGAGGCAGACUGCUGUACAGUGUUGUUUCAGGGAGAAGUACUGUAUUACACUUCAAACUGAGGUAAUAUUUACUGUUUUCACAGGAAACCAAGUAUUCUACAGCUAACAAGUGCAAAUUUAUAAUCCUGCCUAUGACAGUUAAAAGUUUCUUUCCAUUGGUUUCCUGCUGGAGCCAGUGGCGUCGAGGAAUUAAGAGCUAAAAUUUGCAAGUGUUUUCCACACACAAAAACCAUAAUUGUUUUGGCCCAUGUUUUGGCAGAAAACUGGAAUAAAGUGUCACAUGUAACAAAAUUAACGUUCUAUGCCAUGAAAAUGAGAUGCUCUAAAAUCUUUGUUUUAGAAAGCUAGAUUCUAAAUGUUAACUUAGCUGUGAAUCAGUUUGUAGCUCAUGUUGAGUUUCUCCCUUUCCUUACUCCCACGUCCCAAAUACUUUGCUGAAUUCUUCCAGCAAAACUUGAAAAAGAAAACUGCAAUAGAACUGUACUCACUGUAAGUGAUUAGCUAAGAGUCCAACAGCAUCUGAGAGAGGUUUGUUUUUAUCUUUGUGUUCCCUUUUUUGGGAGGAAUGUUGACUGUCCUGUAAAUUUAAGCACCUUGAUUUUUGUCUCAUCUAUAAACCGCUGCCAAGUUACCUGUAAACUGGCCACUACUAUUUUAUUUUGAGUUGUUUGAUGUUUUGGGUUUUUUUUUAAUGGAACACUGUUAACACAUGUUCUUUAUUGCUAUCCCAGAGUGCCACAUGCACGUGCAGCUUACGGCUGGUUUACAGAAUAUGCAGUUGUCAGAGUAUUUUGUGAGGGGAAAAGAAUUGUUACCCAGAGAGAUUUGCCCCACUGAAAAAGUGCAGUUUCUCUUGGGGCUGGGGGGAGAGGUUGUAUGUACUCUACUUAUCUGGAUUGCAGACACCUAAAUAAGUAUAGGGUUGUAUAGGGGAAAAAAACCACCUUUGGUUACGUUUUAAGGUAGUAAUUUAAAUGUUUCUUAUGGUGAUGUUCUGAAUGCCUAUAAAAGUAUGUAUAGGAGUUUGAUAAAAGGCUGUAUGUACUGUUUUUUUUUAUUCUCAGUGAGGUGUGUGUAUGCACGUAUGUGUAUUUUUUUUUUUUUACAAAAUAAGAUAUGUCACAGAGGGGAACGUUGUGAUCUUUCUAAUCUUGCACAUAUUUAUUUAUUUUACAGUUAUACUGAUGUUAAAUUCACAUGAGGUUGUUCAGAAAUGCUUUUACUUCCUGUGCCUUUUGAACUAUGUAUGUGUCCAUAUAAAUGCUUUUUUUGAUUGAAGACUUGGGGAGGGAAAAAGCAUACAGGUUACAUUGAACUUCAGCUCCUGAUUUGUAGGCAGUAUUAUAUCCUCUGGUUGAACCAGUUUUAUUUUUCUAUCUUUAGCCUAACUGAGCAUUGAGGUCUCUCUGUUCCUCUCACUCUGAGUUUACAGCUUAUGUCCAGGGAAAGUCUUAAUCUUCUCAGGCUGGGUUUCCAAACCAAACUGUUGGUAGAUGAGAUCUACCCAGUGGCUGUGACUGCAGCAUGGAGUCCACUCCUGAGAGAGAGAGAGAGAUUGAGAAGGAAUUGUGCUCCAGGGACUCCUUGGUCUUGCUCUAGUGGUCACCAUGCUCUCCCUGGAAGCUGAGACACCUCGAGCUCCCAAUGCCUGCAUUAUUCUGUUCUCAAGGACCAUACCAGUUCUUACUCUAUUAAAAUGGCCAAGGAACACUCCAUCUUUUUAUGGGACUUGCAACCAAAUCUUUCUACUUCUGAAAAUGUACCUCACUCAGCUUUGUAAGUGAAUGUAAAGUGCUAACCUCUUGGGGCAGAAAAUUGGAUUACUUGGCUUGGAGUCCAUUGCUGGCAAUGGAUACCUGAAGAACUGCUGGUGCAAAAGGGUUAAUAAAGCUUUUUUUUUUAUGGUCA